AUGACUGGCACGGACCGCGACGACGACGGCGCUGCCGUGGCCCGCGUGGAGCCAAAGCAUGUGGUUCGCGACAAGCUGGUUCGCCACUGGCUGGAGGGCGAGGCUGGCCGCGACCUCGUUGCCAUCUUUGCCUCCUCAAUCAAUGGCAUUGCGGCCGCAUCAGAGUCGCAGGUCAUGCGUGACGCGGUUGCCGGAUCGCUCCGGCAGGGGGCAGGGGUGGUGCGAUCGGAUGCGGCGCGCGUGCUCAUUGCCAAUAGCCUCGACGUCGCCGCCGAGACCAUUGAGGCGGACUCCGCGGGCCGUGCGCUCGCCGACGCCCUCCGUGCGGUGGUGCAUACGGCAGAGUCGGACUCAGCGCACGCAGCGGUUCAAACGGCGGCGGUGCUUCAUAGCGAGACAGUGGAAUCGACCGAGCGGUGGACCAAGUGGGCGCUCCAGCGGAUGGGCGCGAGCGAGACGGUGCGAGGGCUCGGGGAGAGGACCAAACAGCUGGUGAGCGGAGCUGUGCAGAGCGACCUCGUCCAGUCCGCGGUCCUCAGACCCGAGUUUGCUUACUGA